CACACACACACACACACAAAAAGCAAAUCAAUUGGAAGUAAAGUACUUUGCUAUGAUAAUGACUGGGAGGAGAAUCAUAGUACUCAGCACUUCAGAACCUGUGCGCCUCCCACCCGUCAGUGAGUACAAUCCAGCCUCAUGACUCAUCUUAAAAGUAUAUUUGUAUUAAAACUUGCCUAAAAUGACGUGGCCUGAUUCUCGGAGUUCUGACCCCAUCAGUCCCUAGUGACCACUAUGGCCCUUGAGUUUGGAAAUGUUGGCCUUUGCCUCCCUGGGUCUCAGAUUCCCUUUCUGGGAAAUGGGAUAAUAAUACUACUGUCACGCUUGGAAAGCACUUUGACAUCUAUGGAUGAAAAACCUUACAUGUGAUCAGUGCUACUGGCUGCUAUUAUGAUGAUGAUGACCCAGUGUGCAUGUGCAAAUUGGGGGUUUGGCUACACAUUAGCCAUGCACAGAACAAAUCUCUGCUGUUUGUGUUCAGUUCUGGUAGCACACACGCAAAGCCGUUGUGCAAUCAAACAUGCAUCUACUUGCUGAAAAUCAGCUCCUCUGUGCAGAGCUUUUUUUCCUGAACAAUGUGCAGUGCAUGUACCAGUAACACAUACCAUUCAGUACCAGGGAAGGGGUUCAAAGUACAAAGUGACAGCUCCUGAUGGGUGUCCCCCCUGUAUUAAAGCCUCCACGGGCAGAUUGGGCUCAAUACAGCACUGAAAAUACCCAUAACAUGCAUAGUGUUGCUGGUCUAGCACGGCAUGAGAAACAGACAUUCUCAGACAUCUUGGCUUCUGUGCCCCCCAGAUGUGUAUUUGGGGAAAUACCAAAAAAACCGCAUGUCUGUUGGGAAUUAUUGCUUCUGCAGGGUUCAUGGCGUGAAAGGCAUGUGCUGUUCUGAGACUGGUGCUUCAGGCAGACGACGUGUUCAUGAGCAAGUGGCCAUCUCCUCUGUUUGCUGACUGGCUGACUAUCGUUAAUUGCUUGUGAUGGUUGCAUUUUUUUAUAAUUACCACUGAGAAACAUGUUUGGUUUGGAACAAGAUGCAACAUCUGCAUUCCACUCACCACAGGACCUGGCCCGGCAGGUUGCUCCCUGGCUGACAGACAAGCUGAGAUGAGAGCAGAAGCCUGCCUGGGUGUCAGUACGAGGAAGUAUUUCUGCAAUCUGUUACUGGCAGGGAGAAGGAAGAGCCUAUUAAUUCUUGAAUUCAUCUGGAAGGGACAAGCCAGAGGCUGAGAAUCACAACUGCAUGAACACUUGUGCGCAGCCAACAAAACUGAGAGCAGGGAUAGCUGAACGCUGCCUCCUCCCCCGGAGCGGAGGGAUGUUCAGCAGGAAGUGAUGACCAACGCAGACUCAGGUAGGGUUGCCCACACUGUAUUUCAAAAGCAAGGGACUGUUCUCUUAGCAGCCCUUCCGCAGGACUCACCUACAUUGGCCUGGGGUAUCUCUUGCUGCUUUUUGCAGGACUCGGCAACUCCCAAUCUUGUUGUGCAGAGAUGAAGAAAUAAGGGACGUCCCUUCUCUUAAGGAACUGUUGGCAGCCCUAGAGAAGAAGUGCCAAAGUGCACUGAGGUCUCAAGUCCGAGAGCCCCCGGGGAGCCCAUUGUGAAAGAGCUGAGGAAAAUCAGAGAGAGACAAAGUGUUGGAAGAGAGGGCCAGCACCAGCUGCCAAAGAACACAACAGGCAGGAUUAGCAUCAACAGCUGUAGUCAUGUUCAGCCACCAUGUUCAGGCUAGGUCCCUGUUCCAGAGGGGCUCUGGGGACAGCCCUGGUGUGUCUGGACCGCUGCAGAGUCGGUUGGAGGAGCUGAAGAAGCUGUGGUGGAGGAAGCCCAUCCCCCUGGUGCUGCAGCACAGUGAGACAGCCAGACUGGCUGUGGAUGCCUUUCUGGAGCAGGGGGAGCCUGGGUAUCUGCAAGCCAUUGCUGAGGAACAGGAGCUGCCAUUUCUCUCCCCCCUAGACAUGGACUACAUGAGCCAGCAUAGAAGCCAGAGUAUCCUGGAGCCUAAUGCAAGGAAGGGGCACCAGACUGAGCCCAAAGAGGGAGACUCUGAGGACAGGGCCUCCCUUCUCUCUGAACUAAGCUCUGGUACCUACUUCCCACUCCUGUCUGACAUGCAGCCUCCAGAGCUGGAGCUGGGCUGGCCAGUGAUACCACUUGCCACAGGGUAUGGCCAAACUCAAGCCAGUGUGUAUUUCCAGAGAAACAAGGCCAACAGCAUCAAGGAUUUACUCCGGUGCCUGAUCAGCAGGGCAAAAACGGUGAUAGCAGUCGUCAUGGAUCUCUUCACAGACAUGGAGAUAUUGUGUGACCUGAUGGAAGCUUCAAGCAGACGACGUGUCUCUGUUUACCUGAUCCUUGAUGAGAAGUACCUAAAAUAUUUUAUAGAGAUGUGCAGUAAAAUGGGUCUUAACAAGGACCAUUUCCCAAACAUGCGAGUGCGGUGUGUGAGUGGAGACACAUAUUACAGUAAAGGAGGCAAGAAAUUUGAAGGUCAAGUCCUGGAGAAGUUUGUAUUGAUAGAUUGUGACCAUGUUCUUGCUGGUACAUACAGUUUUACUUGGCUUUGCAGUCAAGUUCACACCUGCUUGGUGACACACUUCCGAGGCAAAAUCGUUGAGGACUUUGACAGAGAAUUCCAAAGGUUGUACGUAGAAUCCAAACCUGUGCCUGGUUUCUGUAUCCCCGAGGCUGGAACAAGCUCCACUUCACCUCACAGCUCAGCAGCGAACUUCCAGUCUCUCUUAACAUCUGCCCAAACGAAUGAAGCUGAAACCGCAAGCCAUGCAAGCAGUCUCUCAAAUUCAAGCAUUGAGAGCGUAAAGGUGUCUCCUUUUCUGAAGAACUCCACCUACAAUGUACUCCAUGAAAAGCAAGACUUGGGUCCAGGUUUCACCAGUGAAAAGAGGAAGGAAGCCAUCGGCUCCACGAAGCCAAGUGACUCCAAGCAGCACUCGGAAAUGUCAAACUCAAGCCACAGCACUUCAGCUAACUUCAAAUCUGCCUUAUAUGACAAGCCUAAUCCUAUGUCACACCAGGCAUCCUUGCAGCCCGUGUCUUUCCCCAUACUAAGCUGCAGUGAACCUAGUCAUACAGAAAAGGCGGCAUUGGCUAAAACGAAAAAUGACCAAUUGCUCCAUCACUCUGCCAUCAGACAGGGACCAAACUUACAGUACUCCUCUGAGAACACUGGUACAAAUGGGGCAGAUACCAAGCAGAAAGCGCCCAGUGAUGUUUCAAGUGGAAAAGCAAUAGAAAGCAGCAGCAAAAUCUGCAGGAAUGAGAGAACGCUGACUCUUGGACAUAGUAAACUGGACCUGAUUAUCCAAUACAACCAGUUAAAAAGGGAGCGGACAGCUGCAGUCUCAAGCUCUGCUAGACUCGGUGAUGAAGUGCCAAAGGAAAAUAGCUGCACUAUACACAGGGAUGAGAAAACACUGACUCUUGGACAUAGUAAACUGGAUCUGAUCACAAGCUAUAACAAAUCAAAAUCUAAGCAAAUAUUGAGUCGAUUUGAGCCCUAACCUGUUCUCUCUUGUCUUGAGGGUUUACUUUCCUUGUGUUAAGAUCCAAAGGGUCUGGAUCUUGGGGGUCCCUGGGCAAGGUUUUGGGGGGACC